AUGGACCCAUUAACUGUAUACAAAAACUCAGUGAAGCAGCAGAUCGAUUCCGCAGACUUGCUAGUGGCAAAUUUGGUAAAUGAGAAUUUCAUACUGUCGGAGAAACUGGAUACAAAAUCAAGCGAGAUUAAACAGCUGCAGAAGCAGAUAGACUCGCUCAACGCACAAGUCAAGGACCUGAAGACACAGGCUUCCAAACAGGGGGAAGACUCAGGGGUCAUAAAGGACCUUUACGAGUACCUCUGUAACGUACGUGUGCAUAAAAGCUAUGAAGAUGACUCUGGGCUGUGGUUCGACAUCUCGCAGGGCACCCACUCAGGGAGCUCUUCCGACGAUUAUUCGAUAAUGGACUAUAAACUCGGGUUUGUCAAGGGCCAGGCGCAAGUCACAGAAGUCAUCUAUGCGCCCGUGCUAAAACAGCGAUCCACCGAGGAACUAUACUCGCUACAGUCCAAACUGCCGGAAUACCUCUUCGAAACGUUGAGUUUCCCCCUUUCGUCGCUAAACCAAUUCUAUAACAAGAUUGCUAAAAGCCUCAAUAAGAAAAGAGAGAAAAAAGAAGAAACCGAGUGA